CAAAACACCAAAUAAUCCAUAUAUACAAGUUCAAAAACUACAAACCCCAGAGAGCAAAUUCUUAGUCUUUUGUGAGCAAUCCUUGAAAAUGAAGUCGAUGAGAUUGAUUGGAAGCCUUAGCUGCAUGAUGCUAGUGAUGGCCAUAUCAGCAGUAGCUCAACCAUCAUCCUCACCCGCACCGGUGCUUGACAGUGCCGGACGUCCUCUUCAACGUGGUGUAGAAUACUACAUCAAUCCUGCUAUUACUGACAGUGGCGGUCGUUUCACCUUGAUUGAUCGAAAUGGCUCAUGCCCUCUUUAUGUUGGGCAGGAAAAUGGUUCAGGCUUAGAAGGUCUCCCUGUCAUCUUCACACCCUUCGUGGAGGGAGAGACAGUGAUUAGGGAGAAUAGGGACUUCAGGGUUGCUUUCUCAGCAGCCACAAUCUGUGUUCAGUCGACAGCAUGGAAGUUAGGCGAGAAGGACCCCGAGUCUAAUAGGAGAUUAAUUGUCACCGGAGAAGACCAAAGCUCACGAAGAACCGCAAAUUACUUCCGGAUAGAGAAAGCUAGUGUUGGAGGUGAUAUCUACCAGAUUUCAUGGUGUCCUACAGAUGUUUGUCCUACUUGUAGGUUUGACUGUGGUACUGCUGGUAACUUGGUUGAGAAUGGAAAGAGGUUGUUAGCCUUGGAUGGUAAUGUGAUUCCUGUUACCUUUGAGAGGAAGGCUUAAAUUUAUUAGUCCUCCAUAUUAUUGAAAGGUAGAGUAAAUAAAUGGAGUUAGCUCCUUCCAAUAUUAAAUAAAGGGUAGGCAUGUGUUUUAUAACUCCUUCGGGAAGCUGUGAUUAUAUUUUCAACAAAUAAUAAAAAGGUAAAUGCUAUGUUUUA